UAACGCUGAAGAAAGUAGAAAAGAGAGGAAGAAGCAAAAGAGUCAUAUUCCAAGAAAUAAAAAACAUCAUUCUUCUCUGCGUCUCCUUCACCCCGAAAUUGUCUCUUGACAACGUUUUGAUUCAGCCAUGGCUAAUGCGGCGUCGGGAAUGGCGGUCCAUGAUGACUGCAAGCUUAGAUUUCUGGAACUGAAGGCGAAAAGGACACACCGUUUCAUUGUCUACAAGAUCGAGGAGAAGCAGAAGCAAGUGAUUGUCGAGAAAGUUGGUGAACCUAUUCAAACUUACGACGACUUCGCUGCAAGUCUUCCAGCUGAAGAAUGCCGAUACGCCAUUUAUGAUUUCGACUUUGUCACUGCCGAGAAUUGCCAGAAGAGCAAGAUUUUCUUCAUUGCAUGGUGUCCGGACGUUGCAAAGGUGAGAAGCAAGAUGAUCUAUGCGAGCUCCAAGGACAGGUUCAAGCGUGAACUUGACGGAAUUCAAGUGGAGCUUCAGGCAACAGAUCCAACUGAGAUGGAUCUUGAUGUUUUGAAAAGCCGCGUCAACUAAAAAAGAAACUCUCUUUGAAUAAGCUUUCGAUCAUAUUCGACUAUUCUGAAAUGGUGUUUUCAAUUCUCUUACAGUUUCUUGUGACUGUGAGAAAAACAUAACACCCUUCAUUCUAUCUGUCUGGUCUGUUUUCUGUGUCUAUGUUACCUUACAGUGUUUCAUCUAAAUUCAAAAUUAUCGCAAGGUUCGUCCUGUGUUUGCUUCC